AGGGGGAGAAUUCCAACUGCUACUGAAAGCCCCAGCAUUAAAGGCCAAAGUGGCCGGAAACUUCUGUUUAUGAAAAGCUCUUAUCCCAGGAGCAUCUUGCCUGGCACAGGUGAGGCAGCUGCCUGCCUGCUGCUCACUCACCAGCCUGGCUUCUCUGGGCAGGCCUGGAGUCGGGGAGCCAAGUCUGGCCGAAAUGGAACCAUGGGGGUGCUCAUCCAAGAUGAGGCCAAACUGAGGAAGGCCUCACAUCCCUGGGCAGGUCCCCUUUCUUGGGUCUGUUUUCCUACAAGUGGGGCCAAAGUCUCAGGCCCCUCCCAGGCUCCAGGUGUUUCCAGGGUUUGGAGCUGCAGGUCCCUCUCUUUGCUUCCUAUGACCUUGGGCUUCUGCCUGUGACCCUCAGCUUAUUCUGCCUCUGGCAGACCAAGGUUCAAAAGCUGGCGCUGUCAUUUACAAGCUGCAAGACUUGGGCAUGGUGCCGAACUUCUCUGGAGCCUUGGUUUCUUCAUCUGUAAAAGGAGGAUAAUGACACCUACCUUAUGGGGUUGUCAGAGGACCAAAUGAGAUGCAGCGUCCUAGGUGUUCAACGUGUAACUUCCCUCAUCCUCUCUGGCACACCCACCCCUCAGCUCCUGACUGCCCUUGGGGCGGGGGGUGGUGUGCAGAAGUUCUAGGGGGUACUGACCUGGUAGGAUCCUCAGAUAAUUGGGGAGUGAUUUCCUAGGGAGCCUCAGGAUAAGGAGUGGCUCAGGGAGCGCCCCCCAGUCUGGAGAGCAGGGAAAUUAAAAGCAGAAUCCAGAGAGCCGGUGCAAAGGGAAUCCUGGCCGCCAUCUCUGGCCUUUCCCAGGCUCCCUCUCUAGGCCCAGUGUUUAUCCCUCCGCCGCGGCUGCUGACACGCGUUGCUGACACCCGCCAGGCUGGCCUCAGCCUCGGGCAUGGAGUAGGCGGCGGGCUGCUGGCGGCCUGCCCGGGGGAAGCCACGCAGCCAGCCCGCGGGCCAGGCGGAGGAGGGGGCGCGCCGCGCGGCCGGGCCAGCCAGGCACCUGUAUCCGGGCACACGCACAGCUGCGUUCGCCCCCUGCUGGGGACCCCAGUCCCAGCCAUGCUUCCUGUGGCGGGGCGUCCCCGGGCGGCUGUGCCGUAAGUUCAUCAUCGCCAACGCUCGGGUGGAGAACUGCGCCGUCAUCUACUGCAACGACGGCUUCUGCGAGCUGUGCGGCUACUCGCGGGCCGAGGUGAUGCAGCGACCCUGCACCUGCGACUUCCUGCACGGGCCGCGCACGCAGCGCCGCGCUGCCGCGCAGAUCGCGCAGGCACUGCUGGGCGCCGAGGAGCGCAAAGUGGAGAUCGCCUUCUACCGGAAAGAUGGGAGCUGCUUCCUAUGUCUGGUGGAUGUGGUGCCCGUGAAGAACGAGGAUGGGGCUGUCAUCAUGUUCAUCCUCAAUUUCGAGGUGGUGAUGGAGAAGGACAUGGUGGGGUCCCCGGCUCAUGACACCAAUCACCGGGGCCCUCCCACCAGCUGGCUGGCCCCAGGUAAGCGCCGCGCCAAGACCUUCCGCCUGAAGCUGCCCGCGCUGCUGGCGCUGACGGCCCGGGAGUCGUCGGUGCGGUCGGGCGGCGCGGGCGGCGCGGGCGCCCCGGGGGCCGUGGUGGUGGACGUGGACCUGACGCCCGCGGCACCCAGCAGCGAGUCGCUGGCCCUGGACGAAGUGACGGCCAUGGACAACCACGUGGCAGGCCUCGGGCCCGCGGAGGAGCGGCGCGCGCUGGUGGGUCCCGGCUCUCCGCCCCCCAGCGCGCCCUGCCCGCUCCCAUCGCCCCGGGCGCACAGCCUCAACCCCGACGCCUCGGGCUCAAGCUGCAGCCUGGCCCGGACGCGCUCCCGAGAGAGCUGCGCCAGCGUGCGCCGCGCCUCGUCGGCCGACGACAUUGAGGCCAUGCGCGCCGGGGUGCUGCCCCCGCCACCGCGCCACGCCAGCACCGGGGCCAUGCACCCCCUGCGCAGCGGCUUGCUCAACUCCACCUCAGACUCCGACCUCGUGCGCUACCGCACCAUUAGCAAGAUUCCCCAAAUCACCCUCAACUUUGUGGACCUCAAGGGCGACCCCUUCUUGGCUUCGCCCACCAGUGACCGUGAGAUCAUAGCACCCAAGAUAAAGGAGCGAACCCACAAUGUCACUGAGAAGGUCACCCAGGUCCUGUCCCUCGGCGCCGACGUGCUGCCUGAGUACAAGCUGCAGGCACCGCGCAUCCACCGCUGGACCAUCCUGCAUUACAGCCCCUUCAAGGCUGUGUGGGACUGGCUCAUCCUGCUGCUGGUCAUCUACACGGCUGUCUUCACACCCUACUCGGCUGCCUUCCUGCUGAAGGAGACGGAAGAAGGCCCGCCUGCUACCGAGUGUGGCUACGCCUGCCAGCCGCUGGCUGUGGUAGACCUCAUCGUGGACAUCAUGUUCAUUGUGGACAUCCUCAUCAACUUCCGCACCACCUACGUCAAUGCCAACGAGGAGGUGGUCAGCCACCCCGGCCGCAUCGCCGUCCACUACUUCAAGGGCUGGUUCCUCAUCGACAUGGUGGCCGCCAUCCCCUUCGACUUGCUCAUCUUCGGCUCUGGCUCUGAGGAGCUGAUCGGGCUGCUGAAGACUGCGCGGCUGCUGCGGCUGGUGCGCGUGGCGCGGAAGCUGGAUCGCUACUCAGAGUACGGCGCGGCCGUACUGUUCUUGCUCAUGUGCACCUUUGCGCUCAUCGCGCACUGGCUGGCCUGCAUCUGGUACGCCAUCGGCAACAUGGAGCAGCCGCACAUGGACUCACGCAUCGGCUGGCUACACAACCUGGGCGACCAGAUAGGCAAGCCCUACAACAGCAGUGGCCUGGGCGGCCCCUCCAUCAAGGACAAGUAUGUGACAGCGCUCUACUUCACCUUCAGCAGCCUCACCAGCGUGGGCUUCGGCAACGUCUCUCCCAACACCAACUCAGAGAAGAUCUUCUCCAUCUGCGUCAUGCUCAUUGGCUCCCUCAUGUACGCUAGCAUCUUCGGCAACGUGUCGGCCAUCAUCCAGCGGCUGUACUCGGGCACAGCCCGCUACCACACACAGAUGCUGCGGGUGCGGGAGUUCAUCCGCUUCCACCAGAUCCCCAAUCCCCUGCGCCAGCGCCUCGAGGAGUACUUCCAGCACGCCUGGUCCUACACCAACGGCAUCGACAUGAACGCGGUGCUGAAGGGCUUCCCUGAGUGCCUGCAGGCUGACAUCUGCCUGCACCUGAACCGCUCACUGCUGCAGCACUGCAAACCCUUCCGAGGGGCCACCAAGGGCUGCCUUCGGGCGCUGGCCAUGAAGUUCAAGACCACACAUGCACCGCCAGGGGACACACUGGUGCAUGCUGGGGACCUGCUCACCGCCCUGUACUUCAUCUCCCGGGGCUCCAUCGAGAUCCUGCGGGGCGACGUCGUCGUGGCCAUCCUGGGGAAGAAUGACAUCUUUGGGGAGCCUCUGAACCUAUAUGCAAGGCCUGGCAAGUCGAACGGGGACGUGCGGGCCCUCACCUACUGUGACCUACACAAGAUCCAUCGGGACGACCUGCUGGAGGUGCUGGACAUGUACCCUGAGUUCUCCGACCACUUCUGGUCCAGCCUGGAGAUCACCUUCAACCUGCGAGAUACCAACAUGAUCCCGGGCUCCCCCGGCAGUACGGAGUUAGAGGGUGGCUUCAGUCGGCAACGCAAGCACAAGCUGUCCUUCCGCAGGCGCACGGACAAGGACAUGGAGCAGCCAGGGGAGGUGUCGGCCUUGGGGCCGGGCCGGGCGGGGGCAGGGCCGAGUAGCCGGGGCCGGCCGGGGGGGCCGUGGGGGGAGAGCCCAUCCAGUGGCCCCUCCAGCCCUGAGAGCAGUGAGGAUGAGGGCCCAGGCCGCAGCUCCAGCCCCCUCCGCCUGAUGCCCUUCUCCAGCCCCAGGCCCCCCGGAGAGCCGCCGGGUGGGGAGCCCCUGAUGGAGGACUGCGAGAAGAGCAGCGACACUUGCAACCCCCUGUCAGGCGCCUUCUCGGGAGUGUCCAACAUUUUCAGCUUCUGGGGGGACAGUCGGGGCCGCCAGUACCAGGAGCUCCCUCGAUGCCCCGCCCCCACCCCCAGUCUCCUCAACAUCCCCCUCUCCAGCCCGGGUCGGCGGCCCCGGGGCGAUGUGGAGAGCAGGCUGGACGCCCUCCAGCGCCAGCUCAACAGGCUGGAGACCCGGCUGAGUGCAGACAUGGCCACCGUCCUGCAGCUGCUACAGAGGCAGAUGACGUUGGUCCCGCCCGCCUACAGUGCUGUGACCACCCCGGGGCCUGUCCCCACUUCCACAUCCCCACUGUUGCCCGGCAGCCCCCUCCCCACACUCACCUUGGACUCGCUUUCUCAGGUUUCCCAGUUCAUGGCGUGUGAGGAGCUGCCCCCGGGGGCCCCAGAGCUUCCCCAAGAUGGCCCCACGCGACGCCUCUCCCUACCGGGCCAGUUGGGGGCCCUCACCUCCCAGCCCCUGCACAGACACGGCUCGGACCCAGGCAGUUAGUGGGGCUGCCCAGUGUGGACAUGUGGCUCACCCAGGGAUCAAGGCGCUGCUGGGCCGCUCCCCUUGGAGGCCCUGCUCAGGAGGCCCUGACCGUGGAAGGGGAGAGGAACUCGAAAGCACAGCUCCUCCCCCAGCCCUUGGGACCAUCUUCUCCUGCAGUCCCCUGGGCCCCAGUGAGAGGGGCAGGGGCAGGGCCGGCAGUAGGUGGGGCCUGUGGUCCCCCCACUGCCCUGAGGGCAUUAGCUGGUCUAACUGCCCGGAGGCACCCGGCCCUGGGCCUUAGGCACCUCAAGGACUUUUCUGCUAUUUACUGCUCUUAUUGUUAAGGAUAAUAAUUAAGGAUCAUAUGAAUAAUUAAUGAAGAUGCUGAUGACUAUGAAUAAUAAAUAAUUAUCCUGAGGAGAC